AUGAGUUCCAUGGAAAUCGAGUUCCACCAAUAUCAACUCCGCUGCCAAUUACGAGGCCACGAAGACGACGUUCGUGGAAUAUGUGUUUGUGGAAGUGAAGGUAUCGCCACUUCUUCAAGAGACAGAACGGUUAGGUUCUGGUCGCUUGAUUCGUCAGAUAAGCGUAAAUAUGUUUCGUCUAAGAUUCUUUUAGGGCAUUCAAGUUUCGUUGGUCCAUUGGCUUGGAUUUCUCCGGAUGAGGAGUUCCCGGAAGGUGGAAUUGUGUCCGUUGGAAUGGAUACUAUGGUUUUUGUUUGGGACUUGAGGACUGGAGAGAAAGUGGAGGCAUUGAAGGGUCACCGAUUGCAAGUUACUGGUGUUGUAUUGGAUGAUGGGCGUCGUAACCGUUUUUCGGCGGGGAUAAUCGUUUAA